UCAUCCAAUCUCGCGACGUCCAUCCCCUUCAUAGUUGGAUGGUACGCUAUGGUUACCGGCCAAGCCCUCGUCCUCUACUCGCGCCUGCAUCUCGUUUUCGCCGAUGCGAGAAAGGUGCGUUGGGUCUUGUGGAUGAUACUCACGAACUUUUGCAUCCUACACAUUCCAAUGACCGUCUUAUUCUUUCUCCUCAACAACGGCAACGCACGCUUUGCUCAACCUGCCGCGAUAUUCGACCGAAUCCAAUUGACGGGCUUCUGCAUCCAAGAUUUCGUCAUCUGCGGCAUUUACAUAUACGAAGCAGUUCGUGCUUUCAGACUUAUCAGUGCGUUCCGAGGUCGCGAGAGCCGCAACGCCAUCAUCCAUCUAAUUUGCAUCAAUAUCAUCGUGGUAUUCGUGAAUAUUCUCCUCCUGGUGGCGGAAUACAAACUACACUACAUUCAAGUGAGCUUCAAGACGGUGGUGUACAGCGUCAAGCUGAAGUUGGAGUUUUCUGUGCUCAACCGUCUCUGCUCGGUGGCCGUCCCCUGCACCUGCCAGAGUGGAUCCGGGGAGCAGCGCCGAUCAUGUGAUAUGAAUCUCUUUGAUCGAAGCCUUCCACGGUCAUCUGCGGAACCAGAGAGGACAAUGCAAUCUGCGUCGACUUAUGAAAAGAUACAGCGCCGUUUCAAAUUGCCAAACUUGGUCCAUAGAUACCACGGGGCGAAGAGCUAUUUGUCCGGGAAGAAGAUCAUUCCCUCCAAAGACAGUUCGUACUCAGAAACAUUCCCCGAGAGCCAUUCAAGCACCCGUACGACUGGCUCAUCGGAAUCUCUGCCGGCACUGGAACUGAGUCUAUCUGAAUUCUCGCCCAAAUUCGAUGUUUAA